AUGAAUGGACAGUGUGUUAGCAAUUUCGGUGAUGAAAAUGCUAAACUGGAACAGCAUAACUUAUCUGAGCGACCACAAUCGCUUGAAUACAAUAUAAUCGGUAUCCUAAAUUUCCUACAGAAUGAGUGGGUGAAAAUGGGCAUCGAGAGAUCAAAGUGGGAAUAUGAACGCGCCGAACUACAGAAUGAAAAAAAGGGACAAGAAAAUCUGAAGAAUGACCUCGUCCGUCGUAUAAAAAUGCUCGAAUUCGCCCUUCAAAAGGAGCGUUGUAAAAACUAUUUAUUGAGACAGUCAAGUGAGAUUGGGGUUGAAGCUACCGAUCAUAUCUCCGACGAAGCGAAUACAUCCUCAGACGUCUCUAAAAGCUCCCGAGAUGACGCUGUCAGUCGAGAAGAACGUCUACGUCUUCGACAGUACAUUCAAAAAAUGGGCCUCACCGAUAAGUUGGUUGAAGUUCGUGCAAAUUGCGUCAAAGAUCUGCUCGGAAUAGUUGAGAAAAGUGAGCCAUCUCGCAAUAAAGACGACUUAAAAGUUACAACCACCACCGAGACUGAGCCGUCAUUGGCACCAUCAGCAGAAGAGAGCGAUGAUGUGGAGAUUGCCUCUGCGCUGGCGGAAUUCGACCUUCUUGUAGCCCAGCAAGGUGAAUGUGCCGGUGUGGCGAGUAAGUCGUCAUAUUUGGCUCUGUUCUUCCUGUUUUUUUUACCUCCUCCUUUACCUCAACCCUCUUGGGUGCAAACACACACACACACCAGCGCGGAGCGUGGGACAUCGGUGCGCUGUUUGGCCUUUAAAGAAUGUAAUUACGCCCCUCUCCCCCACCUUCCGCACUUUUUCCGUGUACGCAACCCGUGA